ACCUGCCUAGGAAGGUAAGCGAAUAUCGUGUCUCACUUGGGGAAGCAUUUGGUUGUGAAUCGCUUUUUGAUGCCUCUUUGGGGGUAGCAGGGCCGGUUUACGCCACGUAGGAGUGUAAAUUGUUUAUUAACGCCCAUGUCUCUUGAUUAAUAUUUUUCUUGUCAUCCAAAACAUUCAUCGCAAUGGAUACUUGUAAUCUCGAACCAGAUCAACUCGAAAAGUACGUUUGUCGGACACUGGAGAUUGUUGAUUACACGUUGGAUGACGCCGAACUUGAGCGUCGAUGUCCUCUUGACCAUGGACGACACAUUGUUCAGCCUCGAGAGUCGCUAGGUCAGCUCGAUACACUUCCCUAUGAGCUUGUCGCUGAUAUACUCCUCGCAUUGGAUCUGCCGUCAUUAGUAACUUUCCGACGUGUCAACUGCCGAGCAAUCGGUCUCAUUGACUCUUUACACGAGUACAGGAUGAUAUCAGAAAACUGUAUCAACGUACUCCGCGCCGCCGUCAGCCUUGAUGCAACUAGCUUUUCUUGCUGGGAUUUAUACCAAACACUUUCUACAAGUAACUGCGACACAUGCUCCUGGUUCGGUGGUUAUUUGUACCUCAUCACUGGUAAGCGGGUGUGCUGGUCCUGCUUUACGAGGCAACAGAGGUACUUCCCCUUAUUGGCUGGUGAGAUAACAAGAUAUACUGGACUGUCAGGAGGAGCACUCGUAUCUUUACCACACAUAACCAGCCUCCCAGGAUGUUACACUCCAUUUCUGGAUGUAUCAAAGGAGAGAAUUCUGCUCUACGAUCAGCGAGCCGUGUUCGAUGCAUCUCCAAAACUCCCAUCCCAUGAAUUCUACAGUGAGAUCCAGGGGCGGGAUCUCCUUGCGAUGGAGCCUCGACGGUACAUGGCGAUUAUUUCAGCACCUUACUUCAGGCCUUCAGAUUUAACCGUGGAUUGGGGUUACUAUUGUGCCGGGUGUAAGGGCCACGAGGAAUUCCCGCAGCACUUCCGGGAUAAAUACACCGAGGAUGGUAUUAUCAAUCAUAUCAAGCGGCGUGGGAUGAGCCCAGGCGCACAGGAUAACGAUGAAGGCCCUUGCUUCGUGCAACACCACCAAGGCGGUGUGACCUGCAGUCAUCAAAGCAAAGUAAGGGAAAUUACUCAAAGUAGACCUGAGUAAAAAAUCCAAUCAAAUUGCGUGGUGUAUCGGGUAUAAAAAGAGGCGUCUGGCUUUCAAUGAUACUUGGUGGUUUUAAUGGGGGAAAAUGCGAAUGUCGCUUUUGGGUGGAUCUCGGGAUCCUAACUGACAUUAAUGAUAUUCAUAAAUCCGUAUAGGGGCGUCCUUUGGAGC